ACGUUUGUGUAUGGGGAGCAGCGGGGUAACGUGUGAAUGGUCUCCAUAUUUCAUUAAUUAUGGCUUCUGUUGACCGAUUAUAUGCUUUGUACAAUGUUAUCGCUGAUGCUAAGGAUAAAGCUGGUGAGCAUGAUAAGGAGUUUGCUGAGAUACUGACCGGGGUGAAGGGAGGCACGGGGGAAAGGCGGCUGACCUCACAGUUCAUCGCCAGGUUCUUCCAGUAUUUUCCCCCCCACCAAGAACAAGCCCUGAACGCCCUCCUCGACCUGUGCGAAGACGAUGAAAUGGCGAUUCGGAAACAGGCAAUCAAAGACCUGCCGACGAUAUGCCGAGGCCACACAGAACUGGUGCCCAAGGUGGCGGACAUCUUGGCCCAGCUUCUGCAGAUGGAGGAUCAGGCGGAGUUGGCCGUUGUACAGUCCUCACUCGUGUCCAUCCUCAAGACCGACGCCAAAGGAACGCUCACCGGGCUGUUCUACCAGAUCGAACACAGCGAAGACGAGUUGGUGCGAGAACGAUGCAUCCGGUUCCUCCACACCAAAGUACGAUCCCUGGGGUCGCAAGUCUUCUCAGCUGACGUCGAAAACCUCAUCCUCACCGAAGCCAAGAAAGUACUACAGGCGGCAUCUUCGGAGGACGAGUUUACCCUGGUGAUGGGAAUACUGAGAGAACUGAAGACAUGCCAGACUGUCAAGGGCUACCAGCAGUUAGUUGACCUCGUGGCGGAGCAAGUGGACCUAACGCGCACCCUUGAACCAUCUGACCUGGAGAGCGUGCACCGUCUGACGUCCUGCUUCAAACAGGCCUUGCCGUACUUCUCUUCCCAAGUUCGCUCAACCCUUUUCGUAGAGUACAUGUGGCGAGAAGUAGUCCCGGCCCUCGACCACCUUGAGGCUGCUGUACCCGAUGGGCCAAGCAAUGCCUCCCUCAUCCUCGACCUGCUCAAGAUCAUAGCAGAACUUGUCCCCCAUGCUGGUAACUUGGAAGACAUUGGGGGCAAAGUUGUGGCCAUCUUUGAUAAGCUUCUGGAAGUGAUGCCUCUGCCUCCUGAAGGUGAUGCUGCCACGGAGGCCUUGGAGGGAGGAGUAAGCCUGGAAUUCUCCCGUGUGGAGUGUCUCUUAUUUACCUUCCACCAGCUAGCUAAGCACAACCCAGAGUUCUUGGCUGAGGACGCAGAUCGGCUCAAGGAUUUCAGGAUAAGGUUGCAGUAUUUCGCCCGCGUCUCACAGGCCUACCAGAAGCGUCUGAGAGAGGCUCUGACCAACAAGACGGGGGAGGAACUGAAGACUGAGGAGAACAAGAUCAAGUUGAUUGCUCUCAAGACCACAGCUAACAUAAACAUCCUCAUUAAGGAUCUCUUCCACCAGCCACCAUCUUAUAAGGCGAGUAUUGCGCUGUCAUGGAAGCCAGCGUCUGCAGCAGGGAAGGCGAUGACGAAUGGAGCGGAGAAGAGGCACACACCCAUAACUUUCGACUCCAACAUCCAGAAGAGCCAGAAGGGGGAGCGGCAGAUCUAUGCCCCACCACGAGACAAGUACAGUCAGCGAGCGGGCCAGUACUCUGGCGGGAAUUUCCGUGGUCGGGGCAGAGGACGAGGUAGGGGCUUUGCUUACGGUUCCAAUCGUGGCGGCGGCAUCUUCCGUUCUGGCUUCAGAGGGAGGCGAGGAAACUUCCGGCCCUAUUAAGUCACGAUGGCAAAAAAUCCAAAGAGAAAAAAAAAUCAAUAAAAAAAAUAAAAAGUGGGAGACACACAUUAGCUUUAAGUUCAGCCAUUUGUAUGAGGCGCAGUGAGGUGAGGGAAUGUCUUGAGAUACUGGCAAGACGAUUUUAACUAACUCGAGCAGCACAACAAGACCAAAGAGACGACACACACACACACAUAAAACCUGUGUUCUGUAAGGCGUUGUAAGCUGUACUCUACCUGAAUGGAAUGCUAUAAAAAAUGCUAUAGUAUCUGUAAUAAUGGGUGAGAUUUUGUGAAGUUUUGGUCGGAGCAGAGUGAGAAUUACCCCCCCCCCCAAUAUCUUAAUCCCUCACUCUUGUCAGUCUACCUAUUGUAUAUAAAAGGUGAACAAUGCUCUUAUGGGUAACUAGACAAGGUUACAACGCCAACAACACAGCUAAUUGGUAGUAAUGAUUGUGAUUAACGGCAAGAUUUAACGACUUGGGGGGUGAAAAAGCCAAAUUCGAUUAUGAUGUUCCACUUGGUAAUUGAUUUAUCUAAAGUAGCAGUAAUGAAGGAAUUAAAUACACAGUACUCGGUUCUAAUUGUCUUGUCUUAGUCGGUUAAUUAGAUCCAAUAAGAAUUUUUUGUAUUGUAGUAAACACACAGUAGGUAGCCACUAACAGGACUGGGUGAGAUGUCAGUGCACUUCUUCAUUUGUUUUUUUAAUAUUCUAAGGAGUUAUUAAUCUCUCGGUGUGUAUAAGAGAACAUAGACUUAAGGUUAUCAAAAUUACACUCCACUUGGGAAAUGUAUUGGUAUAACAAUGGUCUGUUGGUUGAGAGAGACAAUAAUACACGAAGGAUUUGUUUUAUGUAGAAUUUGUUUUAAGUUUGUGUCCCUCGCGGUCGAAUGGAAGCGAUAUUCAAGAAAACCAAAGGUGACGGUUUAGUUUGAAAUGUUAACGUGGCCAAACUCUACUGUGUACGAUAGUGAAGUGCCGUAGGUAUAGCAGUAGUGGUGUGUCUAACUAGCACAGUACUGUAGUUUCCCAGUUCUUUCUUACUUUGGGCGGCCAGCUGAAGGUUGUGAAGCUGGUCGCAAAGUAGUGAUGACAGUACAUGAACAGUUUUAGUCUAUGGUUAUACUCACUAAAACAUUUUAAGUCUUGAUUGUCAUGUUAGAUAAUUCCACCGAGUUGGUCCAAUUUUUUGUUGUUAUUAUCUCACAGUAUUAGAUAAAAUAAUUUAUCGGUGGCAAUUGAGCCUCUUGGUCACCUGCUGCAACUCAACCUGCUCUUCAAUUUAAGCUUUAAUUAUAAAAACCCAACAACAAUCAUUCUGCAUAUUGUGAGCCUCUCCUCAACAUGUGUGCCCCAUGUAAUAGAGUUUAAUAGAGAAACACUGGAUAGAACAUUGGAAGACUUCAAGAAACCUUAAGGACUUUCAUCUGUGGUCGUGUGACGGUUUAUUCUGUCAUGCUGCGGCGAGACCCCUACAGCAGCUGCGCGGUAUGUUACUCCUCGCUUCCCAGCUCCACCAAUCGCACCACUCGCGGAGAAUACAGUCAAGAUGUUCGUUUGGAUACUGUGUGCAAAAUCACUCCCAAACCCGAACCCAUUCUGUUCUCUUCUCUUGCAGGUCUAACGGUGAAGUGAAUAAUGUAGCCGUCAUCCAGACUUGAGGCUCGCAGUAAAUAGCAAAGACUUAUUUUAUUCUGGUUACUAUUAAUAUACAACUAAUUGCUACUAUUUUUAUUAUACAGUACCUGGUGGUGUGUGGGUGUGGAUACUGUAGCAUAUCUGGGUGUGUAUCUGUGUGGAGGCAUGUGGUAGGAGCAGGCAGUCACUGAAGAAGAUGGUAAUGUCCCAGCUGCAUAAUAAUUUAAUAUGGAAGCACAUCAUAUAUUUCACUCACAUAACACUUACAAUAUUCACUCUUUCAGGUACUUGAAUGACUUCUGUUCCUAGAAAUUUACUACAGUGCUUAUACUUUCAUACACUUGUCUAUAGGUAUUUCCAUCCUUUAUUGCUUCCUCCUCCCUAUUCUCACUAAUACAGAGGAGCCUCGAUCAAGAACAAGCACCAUCUCUCGUGCUGGUGUAACAUUUGUUCUCCGGUGGUGUUAGAUUCCACAACAAGGAGUCACUUAUUAUCUUGGGAUUGUAUUCUUGUUAUCUCAUAUAACUGAGCUUCAACCAUCAGCAGUUUGGCCAUUCCCAGUGACCAUGUGAGACCUUGGGUAGUUUGGGCAUCUCCAGCGGCCACUUGACACCGUGCACCUCAUCCUUACAUUCUUCUACUACCCUAACCUCCCACCCUUCCACCUUAACCCUCUCGCGUAUGAUCGCGUCAUAUACAGGUACUCCCCGACUUACAACGGGGUUAGGGACCAACCUCCAGGUCGUAAGUCGGAAAUGCUUAAAUAACACAUAGAAAAUCGAAAAUGGGUGUCUCUUUUUCUUCUCAGCACCACAAAACACUCACUUUUAAGCUUGCCAACCAUUUUAAAGUGAAUUACAGAUGAAAAUUUUGUCUGUGUACUGAUUUUGGGAUCCAAAAACACAUAUUUUGACCAAAUUUUGGUACGACUGAGGCAGGUCAUAAGUGCGGGUGGACGUAAGUCGAGUAGGUCGUAAGUCGGGGAGUACCUGUACAUGAUAAGACCAACUUCACGGUUACACAACUCGAGUCACCAAACUUUUAAAGUCUCGCCCAAAAUUAAGUUUUCAACACAAUUACGUCAAAUUUGAUGCUUCAUAGUAGCAAGUAAGUUCUAUCGAAUAAAUUAAUUAGGAAGUGAAGAACGGAAUGAUAAAUGUGCAGUAUUAUCUCUGCAGUCAGACCGUGUGUGUGAGCCGUGUCGAUUUAAAUUUCCAUAACUGCGUGCGGGCUGCCUCAACUCCGGGAUUACAGUGCGUACUCUACUCCUUGGAAUAAUUUCUUUUUAGUGUUAGAAAAGUGAAGUGGUGGUUGUGUUAUGUGAUAUUUUUCAUAUUUACAGGGAAAGUGUUUAGUUUUCAAAAGAGGAUGAUUUUCUAGACAUAUAAAUUUUAUCAGUACCAUUCUCUUCAUUAUAGUGUUGGCUACAAGAUGCAAUAUAAUUUAUGUCAAUAUAAAACAUAGACA